AUGAAGAUCUCUGCCACAAUUAUCACCUCUGCCCUUGUGGCAAGUGCCGCUGCCUUCGACAAAUGGGAGCCGUGGGGGAAACGUGACUACUCUUGCUUGAACGUUUAUCAAGGAAUCCCCGAUAACUCCACACUAUCCGCUGGCCAAACCGUAUCCCUACGCUUCAACCGUGCUCCCACAACACACUGCCCUGACCCGUUGGCAAAAUACCCGACUGGCACGUACGGGGUGUGGCUGUACAACAAUCCUGUACGACACCUGGAUACCAUCUCAUUUGCCCAAUCUAUUAAGAUUGUGCAAGGGGUAAACGGUGCCUCUGGCAAUAUUGAUGUGAAAAUUCCCGCGAAAUUGCCCAAGGUUGAAGACGGCAGUGUUUGGUACUUGCGAUUGGAUAGCUCUUUGGAUACGGCACCACAGAUGCCGACUGUGUACAACGCUGCGGGGCCGUUUACGAUCAUUGCUUAG